GACUACCUCUUGGCUGCUCUGGGGGAAAGCUGGGUUGGGGGAAAGGCUCUCCUGGAGCUCUUUAUACUGUUUAGCUGGAGUCAUGCCUUUUUGUAAAACUUUAGAAAAAGACUUCCUCACUUCAGACUGUGGCCAGUGACUCGCACAUCUAAUCUCUGAACUCUUUCCUCAGCACUUUUUUUUCCCCAGAUUAAUCCUGCUAAAAGCUACAGCUGCAGCUAUAUAUUUAUUUUCCCUAACAUCUUCAGUGAUCUCCUUCUAUCUACUGAUAUCUUUGAAAGCAGGACUGAAAAAUAAUUUAUUGCUAUACUUUUAGAGGACAAGCUUGUUCUCUGAGAUCGGUGUCCUUUUAGUCCCAAUUGUUGGUUACAGUUUGUUGUAUAUUUUGUAAGAGCCGUAAAGUAAUUUGGCAGUAAUUCAUAGUACUGAACUAUGCACUGGUCCAAGGUGUCGACUGAGAAAAAUGCACAACGUGGGAGUUGUGGGUUCAGUUUUUUAUUCAAGACUUUACUGAGGACUCUAGACCCGGAGACAGCCUUCAAAUAGCUCUGACGAACUGUUCCUAAGAGGUGGUUAGGAGACUAGUUUACAUGUGAUUUUUUUUGUUAGGAAAUGCAUGCAGUUAACAUGUAUCUUGGUAAAAGAUCACUGCUAGUCACAGAGAACAAAUAGCUCAGCUUAAUGAUUGUAGUGUUUUUCUAUGCAUGGGAAGGUGCAAAAGCAGAGUUUGUUAAAAUUCUUGGUGGAAUGUGUCUAACUGCCUAAAGGCCUGUUUGUCCAAAGCACAGAGCAUCCCUUUAUCACCUUUAAUUUCCUCUGUCUGAAGCAGAGUGCCCAUCAUGGCAUCAUCUUAAUCUCUCUGAGGCAUCAAUUGCACUGUUGGCCCAUGGCUGCAGCAGGUUAAUCUUGGAAGACUUGGAUGAAUACCCACUGUGGAAACAGGAUGAAGUUGACCAGUGAAAAGUUGCCCAAGAACCCCUUUUAUCUCUCUCUAUCCCCCUAUGCUGCUAAGAACCCAAAACUCUUCCAGUGGAGAAAGGAGAAGACUGAUCAUUACAGCCAUGCUAAUUUGGUGGAUAAGGCAUUGCAGCUCUUGAAGGAAAGAAUAAGGAGAGGGGAUACUCUGGCGUAUUUCCUACGAGGUCAACUAUAUUUUGAAGAGGGAUGGUAUGAAGAAGCAUUAGAACAGUUUGAAGAAAUCAAGGAAAAGGAUCAUCAAGCAACUUACCAGCUAGGAGUCAUGUAUUAUGAUGGCCUGGGGACAACCACAGAUGCUGAAAAGGGAGUGGAAUAUAUGAAGAAAAUUGUCGAUUCUCCAUGUCCCAAAGCAAGACACUUACAGUUUGCAGCAGCUUACAACCUGGGAAGAGCUUAUUACGAAGGAAAAGGCGUUAAACGAUCAGAUGAGGAAGCUGAAAGAUUGUGGCUUUUUGCUGCCGAUAAUGGAAAUCCAAAAGCUAGUGUGAAGGCUCAAAGUAUCCUAGGAUUGUAUUAUUCAACAAAGGAACCCAAAGAGUUAGAGAAGGCAUUUUAUUGGCACUCAGAAGCUUGUGGCAAUGGAAACCUAGAGUCCCAGGGUGCGCUUGGGCUCAUGUACUUUUACGGACAAGGCAUCCGUCAGGACACGGAGGCUGCCCUGCAUUGCUUGAGGGAAGCAGCAGAGCGUGGAAAUGUCUAUGCUCAAGGGAACCUCGUGGAGUAUUACUACAAGAUGAAGUUCUUCACAAAGUGUGUUGCAUUUUCCAAAAGGAUUGCUGACUACGAUGAGGUUCACGACAUCCCCAUGAUAGCCCAGCUCACGGACUGUCUCCCAGAAUUCAUCAGCAAAGGCAUGGCCAUGGCAUCUUUCUACCAUGCACGGUGUCUGCAGCUUGGCCUGGGUAUCACCAAAGAUGAAGCAACAGCUAAACACUACUAUUCUAAAGCUUGUCGUCUGAAUCCUGCAUUGGCAGAUGAACUUCACACUUUACUAAUUCGUCAAAGAAUUUAGACCUCAAUGCAUUUCAACAAAGAUCAUCAAGUCUAACACCUUGGAACGAUCAGAAGGCAAGCCUUACCUGGAAUGUUUUCGAGCAGCUUCUGCCGGGCUCUCUGUUUUGUUUCCUGGCUUUGUUCUUUGCUUCGGAUUGUGGUCGGUGGUGCCAAUUUCCCAUUGGGCCAAAAAGCAUCCCGGAAAAGGCUGAUGUAGUAAACCAACAUCUGCUCACUGAAAAUCCAGUUCACUGUGUCCCGGAUUUGUCUUUUAAGAGAAAGAUGGUUCUUGGAUGAGGUUUUCAAAAAUUGUAUUCUCUAUUCUCAAAAGGCAUUUAUCAGUGGGUAGGUUAAAAUACAGCCCCCAUCUAAGCGUUUGAUGAAUAAACUAGGAAUUGGAUUUUUAAA